CCUACAAAAAUGAGAAUCUUUAUUAUUACGCUCCUCUUCAUGUUCACGAUAUUUUUUAAUUCUGUUCAAACGGGUGAUCCAUGGCAUCCAAUGGGUCCCAUAGCAUACAUUGACAUGCACAAUGGAUUGGGAAGAAGACUUUGUUGGGUAACCGGAGAUAAGUUUGGUCAUCCAUUAACUGAAAAGGAGGAACAAGAGGCGCUUAGUAAUAUUGGCAAACCAGGAAACCCCCACGUCGGAUAUAUGGCUGACCGCGCAGUUCCUUCUCACGUGGGAUCUAGUAGUCAAUCAGCAAGACGGGAAAGAAAUUUGAAUCCAAAACCAAGUAACAGUAAUCACCCAUGGCAUGAACGUGGCCCUCUCUUGUACUCUGAGGGUAAGCUUUAUUUUCGCGAAACAAACAGGCGAUUAACUGAAGCGGAGGAGCACGAAGCCUUUCACUGGAAUGAUUCAGUUGGCUAAUCCACCCGCCAAUCAAGCACAAAUUGUACUCCUCCCAGACGUUUUUCCCCACAAUUUGGUAUUUUGGGUCGGGUUGCACUGAAUUGUGAUCGUGUGAAGGUGCAGGCAAAUACGGGAGUGU